AUGGGAAUGGCAUCAUAUAUUAGGAAAGGCGAGGCCGCGGACGCUAACUCCGAAUCCAUAGGCAUGGCUCGCGAGACCCUUCCAAUCCUUCUACAAGGUUAUGAGGCUUGCGAUGUGUACAACUUGGAUGAGACCGGCUUCGUACAGGGACAGCAACCACGCCGCACGUUUGCGAGCGAGCCCGUGUCCGGUGGUAAAUUGGACAAGGAGCGCUUCACGCUCGCAUUGUGCGUCAACGCCGAUGGUUCGGAUUUUCGGUCGCCCAUUGUCAUUGGGAAAGCUAAGCGUCCAAGAUCGUUCAAAAACGACUUUGACGUUCAAGACUACGUGUUCUACCGGUCGAACAAGAAGGCAUGGAUGACAUCGGAGGUAUGCAAUUCAUUGUGCAUUUUGAUAACCCGCAUUGUACGCACACAUGGAUACCACUCGAAGCAACGCCUAUACCUCACAAUCUCUACGACCAUUGUGCUUCUCCCUCCCUCUAUUUAUACGCCCAUCCAGAUAUUCUCCCAAUGGGUGGACAUCCUAGAUGCCAACAUGACUGAGAAAGGCCGGAGAAUAGUUCUACUCGUCGACAACGCGAGCUCCCACAAGGUGGUGAAGAUUGAGGGUGCAAUUGAGGGAUACUUGCAAGGCUUCAAGUACGUCGACGUGGGCAAUGUGCGAGUAAUAUACUUACCUCCGAACUGCACAUCGCAUGUCCAACCUCUUGAUCAAGGGGUGAUCUCAACCCUGAAGUUGCGAUACCGCAAACUUCUUGUCGAGUGGCUUAUUACCGAGUUCGAGAAACCGUCCGCUUCAUCGACUCGGGCCGGAGACCAAGUAGCGGCCGAGCUACCCGUGCAGAAGAUCAACGUGAGGCCUGAUUUGCGAAUGGCUAUAAUAUGGAUCAGUGGGCUAUGGAACUCUUUUGAGGGUGAGGUGGUAAGGCGGUGUUGGCGUCGGGCUGGAAUCAUCCCGUUCUCGUGGCUAUCGGAGUGGGGGUUGGGGCGUAUUUUUGAGGGACCCCUGCGUGAUCCACCGAACGAAGACGUGACACUUCUAACCAAGCUCAUCGGCAAGUUGAAACUUGACACCCCUCCAAUGACCGGACGGCAAUUCAUCGCGUUCGACGACCACUUCCCCACGGACGGAUCAAUGCAUGAUUGGUUGCCAAAAGAGCGUGUAGGUCAAUGGGUCCCGUUUCCACGGAGGUUCCCAGCUCCUUUUGAUCUCAACGAUGCGCCGCCAACUGACACCCCCCUCACCCGACAGCAGGCAGCCGAAAUAGUUCGCAACUUUGAAGAUUGGCUCACCAAUUCGCACUACGCGCGAGUGCUUCGCCCAAUUUUGGGCGACUUUAAUGAGCGCCGUCGCAGAAUCAGGCUCAACCCUGAUUUGGUGCAUUGGGCACAAGCUGCCCUUUCGCUGUGA